AUGGGUAUUGUACUGAAUUUUGUACGGCUGUUCAUUUGUACGGUGGCAUUCGUACCGUUGUGCUGUAGAGGAUUAUUAAUAGAUCCUUGUUUGUCUAACGAUCGUCAAAUUCUUGAUUUGUGCGAACAAGCACUGGAGAUAAACUCAACAAACUGGUACAAAAAUCUCAGGAUCCCUGAAGUAAACGAAGAAAUUGUAGACGUUAUCGAUGAACAUGAAAAAUAUUAUCGUUCGGAGGAUGUACUAUCGGAGAUCAGUCGUUUUUCUGCUGGAAGCCCAAAUCAUGGACAGCUGAUUGAUUCUCAGGCAACCAAAGUCAGUGUUUCAAGUUCUCGAAAUGCUGAAGUUAUUUUUGAUGUUACACGCAAUCUAAAGAAUACCUAUUGUAAAAAACACGGGUUAAGUGAUAUACAAUGUGUCAAAGACUUAUCGAAGGUGAAAAUAACAAGGACAAGUUUGAGUGACUUGUGUUUGCCCGAGUAUUACAACGAAACUAUGUGCAUCUGGAAGAACUUAGAUUAUCCUAGUAUUGACGGUUCUUGUAACAACUUGAAACGUUCCUCAUUGGGAAAGGCAACCAUGCCAUAUAAACGUUUGCUGUUUCCAGCCUACGCCGAUGGUAUUUACAAUAUGUCAGAAGAACUACCCAAUCCUAGAUCAUUGAGCAUAAACCUUGUCAACGAUGAGGACUCUAUUGACCAAGCAAAAACGAUGAUGAUGGCGUACUGGACGAUUUUCAUAGGCCAUGAUCUAUCGCAGACUGUAGCUUCUAGCAUGGGGAAUAAUAACGCACCUGUGAAAUGUUGUUAUAAUGAAAGCAGUAUUCAAUUUAUCAUGAAUAAAACCGUAAAGUCCUGUAAGCCCAUAUCGAUACCAAAAGACGACAAAGGUUUUCCACAGGAACCGUGCAUGAACUACGUGCGUUCGCAGUCAGCGAUGCGUCCCGAUUGUUCAUUUGGACCCAGGGAACAAAUGAACCAAGUUACCCAUUAUUUAGACGCGUCGAUGAUAUACGGUUCGUCAGAAGAACAGAUGUUGUCGUUGAGGACAAUGGUAGGCGGCGAACUGUCGUCUUACAAAAUGAAUAUCACCAACAUGUCGUAUAUGCCGCUGGAAACCAACGAAACAAAAGCGUGCCAGCACGGUAAUGGUACGUGCUUCAGGGCUGGAGACAUCCGGGCAAACGCGCUUCCCCAACUGACUCUCCUUCACACACUGUGGAUGAGGCAACACAACAGGAUAGCCCAAGAACUAAGUGUCUUCAACCCGCAGUGGACCGACGAACAAAUUUUCCUUGAGACCAAGAAGGUCGUGACCGGAUUCAUACAACACAUCACGUACAACGAGUGGCUGCCGGCGCUUCUUGGCGUAAACUAUACCAAGGAAAAUGGUCUUGGACUGUCAGAGAACACGUACGACGAUACCGCCGACCCGACUGUCAGCAACAGCUUCGCGACCGCAAUACUGCCGUUCGCCAAUUCCAUGAUCAGCGAAAAUAUCAGUUUAUACUCAGAAGACCGCGUUUUCAACGGAAGCCUUUCACUAAAAGAACAUUACAACCGACCAGUUGAUAUACUGACGAACUAUACGGAUGAACUUGUUAGAGGACUAAUCACGCAGAAUACACAAAACAUCGAUAUGCUGUUUACAAAAACGGUGGGUUUAUGA